AUGGGGAUCGCAAAAGAUGUAGCCACAUCAACUUUAAAUAAAGUGGGUGGUAAUUUGGAAGCGGCUAUUAAUCAUAUAUUUUUAGAUACUCCAGAUACUCAAGAAAGGGAAGCUAUUUCUACAAGUGAUUUAUUAACGGCCCAGAAAACUAUCUCCAGCAAUAAUUAUAAUAAUGACAAUAGUAAUUCAAGUUUCGAUAGUGAUUCGCAAGCCACAUCUUGCCACAUAGAAUUGUCCAGAAAGAAUAGUAGGAAAGUAAAUAGUAACACAAGUAAUCUCCCCAGUAAUACUUUUAUAAUUAGUGGCGGCAGUAAUUCAAAUAAUAUUUUAUCAAGAGAAAAUUUAUCAGAAAAUUCUUCUGAUUCAAGUAUCGAUUCGAAGGAAGAAUAUCAACCCUUAUAUUUAACAGAUACUCAACCACCCACUUAUCAAGAUUUUACAAUGACUUCAAAUGAUAACUCUCAACAAAUUUUUGUUCCACCUGUUUAUUCCAAAGGUACCUAUAAAGUUCAAAAAAGUUUACCGGAUGAUCCAACAGUGCUACUAUCAUUAGAACCUUCAAAACUACUAAGUAAUUACUUUGGAUUAUUUUCAAUGAGCUUGGCUUUAUUUGCACCUGAUUUAUUUAUGGGUCCUGACUUUGUUAAUUUAAAUUUUAAUGAUAAUUGGAAUAAAGGUUUACAGAUUGAUACUCCUGAAUAUGAAGUUAAAUAUACACACAACUUAGAGCCGGGAUUAGAAGAUCGAAUUGAAAUUGUAAAUGCUAUUAAUUUGUCUGAAAAAGAACGAGAAUUAACUUACCAACCCUAUAUCCUAUGGCAACUACAAAAAGUUAUUUCAAUUAUGAAUUCACAAAUUUCCUCAAGGGCAUACAUUUCAAGUGGCAUAUAUUCACUUUGUUUAGAUGAUAAUACACAAAAAAAAUUAAUGGAAACUUCACAUUUAUACGAUAUUCUACCAACAUUCAUAAGGUCUUUGAUGAACGAUUGCAAACACGUACCAGAUUUAGAUCAAAAUAGAAUGAAGAACAUGUUUGUCUCAAAAGCAUUCCACCAGAUACCUAUACACAAGGAACCUACUAAAGUGUCAUUAUUUUUAUUUCAUUUCUUACCCGAAGAAUACGAUUCCAAUUUAUACAAAAUGUUUAAUUCAUUAUUAUACCGAUCUUAUGAUGAACCAAUAUACCCAAGAACAAAUCAAAAUAGUGCUGACUCUAGCAGUUCCGAUGACGAAAUUUCUAAUGAAGAGGAGAGCUCAUUAGACGAAAUUAGUACCAUUUUAACAGUAAUUUUUGAUGAACUGGAUCAAGAUACUGAAUUGAUUACUCAGCCAGAUGGUGUGGAAAUUCCAUUUGAAUUCUAUCCUGAACUAUACACCAAAAAGUGUAAAGAGAAAUUAAUAAAUGGCAUUUUACAUACCAGAUACCAAAACAAACUAAAGAUGAAAGAAGUCUUGAAUGACUUGAAUAGUUUGAAGUCAUUUGAAGGCAAGGAUAUUCUUAGAUUCUUGAAUAGCACUUUAGAAUAUCUACAGCGUGAUGGUAAAGAAGGCCCAAUGGUUAAUAAAUUGUCUUACGUCAAGGAGCAAUUGAGUAGGGCAAAAACUGAGAAAAUGCUUGAAUAUAAGACAAUUUCAAGAAGCUUACAAAAUGAAUGGAAUAUCGAUAAACCCGAGCUUAGUAUCAUUGAACAAGCACAAGAUUUAGGUUUAAUCGGUGAUCCCCACUUGCUAGUAAUGGCAGUCUUGUCACCGUACUUGUAUUUUUUCAGGGACAGACGUAACAGAUGGUUUAAAUUUCAAAGCUCUAUCAUGGGGACUGAUUUUGAAAUCACUAAAUAUGAAUCGGACAAGACUGUUCAAGAUGAAAUAAAACUAAACACAAAAUCUGCAAGUGAGACUCCAAUUAUGUUUGUCUAUUGUAAGAAAGAUGCUAUUCCAAAUGAUUCUUUAGUGUUACAAAAGUUUGCUAAGAACCAAGGCUGCAGUGCUUUUGCACAGGCUGAUGAGAUGAGCUUGAAGAAGAAUGUUACCAGGUGA